AUGGGGACCUGAGGAAAAAUUGCGGUUUCUCAGGAGCCGUCCUUCUCCCUUCUACAGUAGAACCAGGCGAAAAGGACGACAGCGAGGCGAAUGCGGGUUCCGGCGGCGAUUCUGCCGGCUCCCUUCCUCUCCAGCGGCCGUUCUGCCACAGGAGAGGGAGGAGAGUCGGGGAAUCGACGCGCGGAUGUAUAUAGGCUAGGUAGUUUUCAAUAUACGUCUGGAGUUUGCUCGCCGUCAGUGUCGAUGGUGCAGCUAGGGUUUCCGGGAGUGGCGGCCGUGCGGGAGCUACUUCGCCGGCAAAUAAAGAUCCUCUCUGGUGAUGGCGGUGGUUAUUGCGUCUUCUCCGGCGAGGUCUUCGUGAGGUCGUUGCUGGCGUGCCCGGUGAUCGUGGAUAUAUUUUCCAACCUGUGGUCUGAUGGCCGCCGGAGCGGAUUGCUUCCUGUUCCGUUCGUGCUGUGGGGAUGGCUGAUGCGCGUUCAGCGGAAUCGAAGCACCGGGGAUGGUCCAAGGUGCGGGCUCUUGCAGCAUUUUCCAAGUUCUUUGGGUCGUCCUUCAGCAUGGCGGAAGGAGGAUUUGGCUGGACUUCAGUCUGAUGGGGUCGCCGGCGUGAUAGACGAUGGCAGAAACAUCGCCGGGUGUGUGCGUCUAUAUCUUUUGUACCGGAGUGUUUCCUGCAAAAAGGUAGGGGUGUGCUGCACGCAUGCUUAAUACAGUCCUCCUUUUCGAAAAAAAAAAAUUACGGGGACCUGAGAGUCCAAAAAGCGUGUGGUUCCUCGUUUUCUUGAGGCCUACCAACUGUUAAAUCGAAGGGAGGCGAACAUCUGGCUGCCACGGUAGUUACGCGAUACAAUUACAAGGAGUGCACUAAUGGACUGCACCACUUCCACUGGCAUACCAGUGUUGAGUAGUACUGUGCAUGGUGUAGUGAUGUAACGGCGGACAAUGAUACAAAUGGUGACUAUGCACCAUCUCUAUGCCAAUGCCCCUGUAUCCAUCGAAUACA